AUGGAUCGGACUUCCCUGUUUAUCCAAGCUUUCUGGUUGGGAUAUUUUCUGCAGUGUUUAGUGGGAACAAUGUUCUCAAUACAGUAUCACUUCGUGAAUGAGUUAAAGACCUGGACUGAAGCACAGACAUACUGCAGAGAGCACUACACUGACCUGGCCACUAUUGACAACCAAGAGGACACAGAUGAGUUGAUUAAAACUGUUAAAGGAGAUAUUAAACAUGUUUGGAUUGGACUUGAGAGGAGUUGGCAGUGGUCUCUGGGAAAUACAACAUUCCCCAGAGAGGGAGAAAUGGAGUUUACAAACUGGGAUGAAGGCGCACCAAGUUAUGGGAGUAGUUCUGAGGACUGUGUCGUAAUUAAAGGAAAUGGGAAAUGGAAUAACAAGGCAUGCCUAGAGCAGAAACCCUCUGUGUGUUAUGAUGGGAGAAAUGUCAGCAGUGAGCGAUACAUAGUGAUUAAUCAGCUAAAACCCUGGACAGAAGCUCAGAGCUACUGCAGAGAAAAUCAUACAGACCUGGUCAGUGUGAGGAACCAGACUGAGAAUGAGUGGAUAAAGAGUUCAAUGAAGGGCACAACUGAAGCCUGGAUCGGCCUGUUCAGGGGCUCAUGGAAAUGGUCAGAUCAGAGUAACUCCUCAUUCACAAACUGGGCAUCUGGACAACCUGAUAAUAGAGGGGGUAUUGAGAACUGUGCUGCCAUGCAGGGGAUUGGUCCUGAUGUGGGACAAUGGCACGACUUUUCAUGUGCCGGUGAAAAGCCAUUUGUUUGCUAUGAAAACAAGCUGAUCCUGAUCAAUAAGACUGUGACUUGGAGUGAAGCUCUGAAUUACUGCAGAGAGCAUCAUGUGGACCUGGUCUCAGUUCACUCAGAGAAGAUUCAGAACUGGGUGAUUAAGAGGGUUGAAAAGGCCUCCACUGCUCAUGUGUGGCUGGGCUUACGUUACAGCUGCACUCUGGGCUCCUGGUUUUGGGUGAGAGGAGAAUCUCUCUGCUACCAGAACUGGGCUUCAGGGAAUGGAACUGGGGUGGAAGAAUGUGGGAAUCAGAUAAUUACAGGAGCAGUUGAGUCUGGAGGAAACAAAGAAUGGAUCAGCUUCUCUGACACUGAGAGACUCAACUUCAUCUGCACCAAGUAUGAAGUGAAUGGUCUUCUCCUGGGCCACUCAGCCACUGUGGUUCUCUGUGUUUCUCAAUAUGAGCACUGUGACCUGUGUGUUUAA